CUCUGAUCCGGCCGCUUAUUCUGCACCANAACCAUCUUCUUCCGCUGAUCCAGCAUCUUACGCUGCUCCGAGCUAUGCUCAAGCUUCUUAUACCGCACCUGCACCAGCCCCUGCGCCUGCUCCUGCAUCUUACGUAGGCUCCAGCAAUGGUCAGGCCUCUUAUGCUGCACCAGCACCUGCUCCUGUACCUUGUUCUGCACGCGCUCCAUCAUCUUAUUUGGCUUCCAGCUCUGAUCCGGCCGCUUAUUCUGCACCAGAACCAGCUCCUUCGGCUGAUCCAGAAUCUUACGCUGCUCCGAGCUAUGCUCAUGCUUCUUAUGCCGCUCCUGCAUCUGACCCAACAUCCUAUGCCGCCCCAUCUCCUUCUCCAGCUCCGGCUCCAGCUUCUGCACCUGCUCCAGCUUCUUAUGCUGCCCCGGAUCCUGCUCCUGCAUCUUACGCUGCUCCGAGCUAUGCUCAAGCUUCUUAUACCGCUCCUGAACCAGCCCCUGCGCCCGCUCCUACAUCUUACGUAAAGCCCAGAAAUGGUCAAGCCUCCUAUGCUGCGCUCUCCCCAUCAUCUUAUGCUGCCCCAGCUCCUGCUCCUCUGCCCUCUCAAGCAUCUUACGCUGACCCCAGAUAUGUUCAAGCUUCGUAUGUUGCUCCUGCACCUGCUCCUGCGCCUGCUCCAGCCUCUUAUACUUCCCCAGAUCCUUCUCCUGCAACAUAUGCUGCUCCUAGCUCCGCUCAGGCCUCUUAUGCUGCACCAUCUCCUUAUCCUGCACCCUCUCCGGCAUCCUAUGCCUCCCGUAGCUCUACUCAGACGUCGCAUGCAUCACGUGUUCCUGAACCCGCUCCAGCUUCCUAUAUAACCAUAAAAUUUGGUCAAGCUUCUCAUGCGGCACCUGCUCCUGCGCCUGCUCCAGCAUCUUACACAGCACCUAGUUCUGCGCAAAACGCUUAUGCUGGCCCACCUCCUCCUUCAGCAUC